UGGUACUUUCUUUCGAAGCACAUAAAUCGAAAUUGCAUACCUAAUUUAAAUCCCAAGUCAGGUAGUGGAUAAACAGUUCGCCACCGAUCCGGUUUUGAAACGGUAAAAGACCUUCCGCUUGCGCAGUGGGUGGAAAGCAAAAACACGAGUGAAAAUAAAGGACUGUUUCGCUAGAAAGCAUGAAUCACGAAAUCUAACAGUUACAGAGGAAAACACAAAUGCUUGGUGAUGGAUCCUCCAAGCUGUUGCAGAUUAACGUCAUGGACUUUGGUUGCAGCUAUGUUACAGAUCAGUGGUCUCUUUCUCUUCAUUUUAGGGUUUUUCCCAGUCAAGCCUGCACUCACUGGUGUAAGUGGACCUGAGAGUUACAUGCCAGUCUUUGAUGGAGCUGAAAGCCAUGAGACUGAGAGGUUGCCUCCUGAUCAGUUGAGGUCCUUGUAUCAGGAAACUUCAGGAGUAACCCCUCUCUUUGAUCGACUAAUAUUAAUGGUUGUUGAUGGGUUGCCAGCUGAAUUUGUGUUGGGGAAAGAUGGAUCCCAUCCAUCUGAGGCCCUGAUGAAUGCCAUGCCAUACACUCAAUCCCUGUUGUUGAAUGGAAAGGCAGUUGGCUAUCAUGCAAGAGCAGCUCCACCAACUGUUACCAUGCCCAGAUUGAAGGCAAUGAUAUCUGGGGCCAUUGCAGGUUUUUUGGAUGUGGCAUUCAAUUUCAAUACACAAGCGCUGUUAGAUGACAAUCUUCUCGGACAAUUGCAUGAUAUAGGCUGGAAAAUGGUGAUGCUUGGUGAUGAGACAUGGAUUAAGCUUUUCCCUGGACUAUUCACCCGACAGGAUGGGGUUAGCAGUUUUUAUGUAAAAGAUACAGUAGAAGUGGAUUAUAAUGUCUCACGUCAUCUGGAAGGUGAACUUGCAGCCACAGAUUGGGAUCUAUUGAUUCUCCACUAUCUUGGGCUGGACCAUGUGGGUCAUAUUGGUGGGCGUCAUAGCCCAUUGAUGGUGCCGAAACUGAAGGAGAUGGAUGAGGUUAUCGAGAAGCUUGAUAUGGCAAUUAUCCAUCACCACAAGUGUAACAAACGAACCCUUUUGAUGGUAGUCAGUGAUCAUGGCAUGACUGAUGGUGGGAACCAUGGAGGAUCCUCAGAUGAAGAGACUGAUUCCAUGUCUCUAUUUAUUGGUCUGGACUGUAAGGUCCCAGAUUAUGCGUCUCUCUCUUAUAACUCAAUUUCCCAAGUAGACAUGGCCCCAACAUUAGCCCUUCUACUUGGUGUGCCUAUUCCAAAGAAUAAUGUUGGCAUCCUGAUCCGUGGAAUCUUUGAUUCAUUAACAGAUCGGCAUUGCUUACGAGCAUUGGAGUUGAAUUCAUGGCAAUUACUAAGACUACUGAAAGCGCAUGUACCUGGAUUUUCUUGUAGGAAUUCUAUGAGUCGUGAUGCCAAUCAUGAAGGGCUGGAAGACAGGAAGUGUAAUGGAAGCAUUGAAGAGAAACUAUGUUGUUUAUUAUCAAAAGCUUCCUCUUUUCAUUAUUCCUGGAAAUUACAGAAAAAUUCAAGCGUCAUAUCAGAUGGAAUGAUUAGCCUUGAGAUGACAGUAGAAGCCUAUUAUCAAUUUUUGGAAACUGCCUCAGAUUGGUUAUCGAGAAAAACCACAGAAAAACCUGUUAAUUUGUUAGCUUCUGGGAUUGCUGUAAUGUUCGUAUCUUUUGCAAUACUGCUGUGGGGUCUUCUUAAUUUGUGCAAAGAAUUCCCAGUAUUGCAAAAGAAUACCUCUUAUCAAGGAGAAGCAUAUACCAACUGGUGGCAUUUAGACGAGAUCUUUGCUUUGAUGGGGAUCAUGGGUCACGUUUUAAGUCUCAGUGCAAGUUCUAUGGUAGAGGAGGAGCAAUAUACAUGGCAUUUUCUGGCCUCAGGACUGUAUUUUGUUUUUCUCCGCAAAGCAUUUCAGCGUGUUCCCAAAGAAACAAUUUCAAGGUCAUCUGUACAAGAGAAAAAGGAUUCUCUUAAGCCUACUAAGCAUGAAUUUUUGCGAAAAGACAAUGGGGGUUAUCUUAAGAUACUAUCCAUUUUGUUAGUGCUUAUUUUGGGGCGGAUUUUGAGAGGUUGGCAUCAAGGUGGUGUAAAUUGGACCCAUCUGCCUGAUGUUUCCAAGUGGCUUGAACAUGCUGGAUCUCUUACAUUGAAAUCUUCGCAAGUAGCUUCUGUUAUUUUUGUUGUUGGUCUUGGCUCUCUCUCCCUUUUUCUGAGAUCCCAGAGGUCUUUGAUUUAUGCUACCGCACAAAUAGGCAUUUUUGUAUCUGGAUUUCUGGUGGUGUUGUACAUAAUGGAGUAUCAGCAUGAAGGGGCAUCAGCAUAUGGGGGAAUUCUCAUAGCACGCAUGAUAUAUGGAUUCCUCGGUUUUACAGUGUUGAUAACAGCAAUAGCAUCACCAUGGAUUAUUCCCAAAUCCAAUCCUUUUACGGGAUCAGUCACUUCCAUUGAGGUGAACAAGUGGUCCUUUCACUUGGAGAUAAACAAUUGUACAUACUUGGUUGGAAGUACAUAUGUUAUCUGCUGGUGUCUUCUUCAGUUGUUGCUUCAGCAGCCAAUUAAUGCGGUGCCCGUGGUAUUGCUUCUCAUGCAACUCCUAGGCAGCUUGAGUUACUUCUCAAUUGCCACAGUAAAUCAUAAGAAAUGGGUUGAGGUUGCUUCCCUUUACUUUUUGGGAAUGACAGGCCACUUUGGACUUGGAAAUAGCAACACCCUAGCCACUGUUGAUGUUGCUGGAGCAUAUAUAGGCCUCUCUUCGCACUCAACAUUUCUUUCGGGCAUCUUGGCUUUGAUCAUUACAUACGCAUCUUUGCUGCUGUUUCUUCCGAGCACAAUACUCUUACCCAUGAAGGAUUUCAGACACAAGUCAUCGCCGCCAAAUGCUCCUAUGGGUUCUUUUCUAAAGUCAAGUAUUGGAAUGGCAUGUCUCAUGCCUUUGGUCAUGAACUCCAUUGUGUUGAUAUCAUUCACCUUCAUAUUGCUACUCAUGAGAAACCAUUUGUUUGUGUGGAGUGUGUUCUCUCCAAAGUAUUUGUAUGUAUGCGCAAACACUGUUAGUGUUUACAUUGGGGUAUCCUUUGUUGCUGCCACAGGAGCUUAUACUUGCUUGGUUUUCUUCAUGAGAUCAAAAUUGCUCAGAUUAAGAGGGCAUGGAUAGUUGGGUUGUAGGAUUGUUAUUUCACAUGAUUUGAUUUAUUCAUUUUGAGGGAACUCAAGUAUAACAGGAUGAAUCCUGGAAUGAGUUUGACUAGCUCAAUGGUCCUGCUAUAUCUGGUUCAAGCGGGUUUGUAGAGUAGAUGAAUGAAUGAAUGAUUUGGUAAGAAGACUGAUUUCACAUUUGAUGUCA